UACUAAACACCGUUUAGAAUGGAGACUAUUACACCGGUAUAAUAUUUUCCUGUCGAAAACAUUAAGCGAAAAUGGAACCAAUUGCCUUUAAAAGUUGUUUUGCGAUAGAAGAAGAACGGGAGCAGUUAAGACAGGCUCGGCAAGAUGUCAUUAAAAAGGCAAAAUCUGAUUAUGAAAAAGCUGAAAGAAAGAAGGAAAUUGCUAAACAGAAAGGAUAUGAUGACUGGAUGUUGCCAUCUGUAUUGGAGAGAAUUGAUAAACAAAGUGAACACAAAACCAAGUCAAAGAAAUCAAAGAAGGAGAAGAAAAAAAAGAAGAAACAUAAAAAAGAGAAGAAACGGCACCGUGAUUCAGAAUCAUCUGAUUCAGAAAGCUCUGAUAGUGAAGGCAAGUGGAUUGAAAAAUCUGCUGUAGUUCCUGCAACAGAUCCAUCUUCAAAUGCACCUUUAAAGAGAGACAACUGGAUGGAAAUGGGAUUUGAAGCAUUACCAACUGUAAGUCGUUACCAAAUCAAACAAGAAGAAAACAAGCUGAAAAAUGCUAAGAAGGAAGAAGAGAAGAAAAAAUUAGAGUCUGUACAACAAGAGCGAGAACUAAACCCAUUUUGGAAAGAUGGUGGGACAGGAUUACCAGAAGAAGAUAAAAAAGAAACAGCAGUGCCUCAUAUUUCUUGGCUGAGGAAAUCUUACAAAAGAUGUCAGGAGCAAGCUGAAGAAACUGGUCAAAGUUUAGAAGAUGUUGUUGCAGAAAGAUGGGGUUCUUUGAGGAAACUAGAAUCACUGAUGAAAAAAGCAGAAAAACUUGAAAGAGAGAAGCACGGUUCCCAGCAGUAUAGGUAUACAGAAUCUAAGAAAUCUCAUGAAUUUUCAAGUAGAAAUAGGGAGAGAUUUGGAGACAGAAGAAACAUGUUCAGAUCUCCUGAGUCUUCUAAUAAAUAUUAUCCAGAUACUCAAUCAAAAUCAGAGGACAGUCGUAAACAUGGUUCUUAUGAUAAAAAUAAGGACAAUUCCAGUCAGAAAUAUCGCUCCAAGUCACCUAGCUCUUAUCACCAUGACAAAUCUCAGGACAGUAAUAUCUACCAGUCAUCUCGAAGCUCUUAUAAAACUUCUAUGGAUUAUUCCAGCAGAAAUUCAGGUUAUUGUUCCAAACCAAGUGACAAUAAAAGAUCUCAGUUUAUGAAGCCCAGUGAGCAUGAAGAUUCCGAGACUUCUAAGAGCCGUGGCUAUUUGCAAUCUAGUGCCAGCACUGUUCCACGGUGGAAAAAACAGAAUACAUCACAGCCAUCUAUCAAUUUGAAAGAUGUAAAAAAAGAUGAGGAAAGUUCUAGAGGCGGAAGUAAGCCAGGAAGGCAAAGAAAAUAUUCUUCUGGUUCCAGCUCUAGUAGCAGCAGUUCAUUGUCUUCUACCAGUGAUAGAGAUGACAGAGAAAAAGAGGACAUGAAAAAUGAUGAAGAAGAAGAAGAAGAUGAAAAAGUUCCUGUCAUCCUCACUGAAGAUCAAAUGAAUGAUUUAUCAGCUAAAAUUCUUCGAGCUGAACUUAUGGGUGAUGAUGAUCUAAUGGAAGAAUUACAAGCCAAAUUGAAUGCUGCAAAAGAGGCUCGGUCUAAAAACCAGCAGGCAAUGAAAACGCGCCCAGAUAAAACUCAAGCAGAAGAUGUCCUUCUAACACAUGUUGACCGUAGUGGUGUUGCUUGGCCAAUGAUGGACUCUGAAGACAAUGUGCCAGUAGGAAAGAAAAAACGGAAAAAAAUAAUUGAGACACACAGCAAAGAAGGACACCGUCAGAAAUAUUUCCAUGAUGACGACAAGUUUGAUUUAAAGAAUUUAGUCCAACGUGAAAAAAUGAGCACAGCAGAAAGCCAGAACAGUAUGUUUGCUCGACUUGCUGGCAGGUGUGCAGAAAAGACAACUGAUGAUUACUCAGUUGAUGAUAUGUUUGUAUCUAGUGCUGCCAGAGAGCAAUCUGAUGCCAAAACAUUUGAUUUGCAGAAAGCAAGAGCCAUAUAUGAUCAUCAGAAGAUGUCAAAAUCUAUGGCAGGCUGUAAAUUUUGUUUUGAAAAUAUAUCAAAACAUCUUCUUGUUGCUAUUGGACAAAAAGUUUAUUUAGCUCUUCCAGAAUGUCCUUCUCUCACAGAGGGACAUUGUAUUCUUGCUCCUAUUCAGCAUGUUACAUCUUCAACUGCCAUGGAUGAAGAUGUCUGGGAUGAGAUUCAGACAUUCAAGAAGGUUUUAGUAAGAAUGUUCCAAGGACUAAACAAAGAUUCAAUAUUUCUGGAGACGAGUAUGCACUUAAACCGCUUUCCUCAUGCUCAUAUUGAGUGUGUUCCUGUAGACGAUGAAGAAGGUGCUAUGGCCCCAAUGUAUUUCAAGAAAGCAAUUCUUGAGUGUGAAACUGAAUGGAAUAUGAACAAAAAAUUGGUGGAUCUGACCAAAAAAGACAUACGGCGAUCGAUUCCCAAAGGAUUCCCAUUCUUCAGUGUUAACUUUGGUAUCCAAAGUGGUUUUGCACAUGCAAUAGAAGAUGAAAAACGGUUUCCAAUUAAUUUUGGCAAGGAAAUUAUUGGAGGUAUGAUUGACGCGGAUCCUUAUCUUUUCCGUAAAGGCCGAAAUGAGAAAUUUGAAGUUCAGCGACAGAAAGUUUUGAAGUUUUCAAGUUGGUGGAAACCUUACGACUUUACUUCUAAUCAAGAAUAUAAAGAUUCGCCAUGAAACUGGACAAAAUUUCACCAAGAAAUGUAUAUAUCUUUUUCAAUUUUAUAGAAUGAAAGCCAUUCUUUUAUUUGGGUUCGGUCCCAUUGUAUUGUAUCUUAUUUUUCUGGCCAUAGCCCCAUACAGACCAGUGUUUUGUGAGUGAAUUUGGUAAACGGAAGUUGUACAAGGUUUGUCGUAUGCAUGUGUUUACUUGGAUUCUGUACUGGUAUGGAAACGGACGGGACUCUGUUGCCACCUUCCUUAAAUCAUCCGGUAACACUGCACGUUCGAAGAUAAGUGGGAUGAAAACUCCCUUACUUGAAAUACAAGUAAGGGUUAGCAGUGGAAAGAGCACGAGGCUGUAUAAAAACAAAAAAUACAAGCAUCCCAAAAUGGACGUUAAGCGGAAGAAGAAACGAAAUGUCUGUCUGCAAAGAAAAAAGCCCCAUGAUCUUCUUGCAGGGCUUUCCCAGAUUGAUUGGAGGGACCAAAUUAUUCUCAAAUUGGAGACUGCACUGUUGUAGACAUUCAGGCUGAGUUGUUCGAUCAACAGUCAUCUGCUCAAUAUUUCUAACAGACAGCAGUAUUCCAAAUAUACUCUGCAAAAUGUCAAAUUAUGUUUUUCUUUUUUUUAAAGACAACUGGUUGAACAAUUAGCAAAUAUAAACAUCUAACCAUCCUGUUUCUCUGCCCGCUGUUCCUGAAAAGGUCAUGGGGGUGGGGGUAGAGUCCUUAGACACCACUUCGUACUAGAAGCAACCGUCAUACUUUCCGGGUGGCUUCCAAAUGAGACUAGCUAUUAUUCAAGCUGCUCAUUCUUUGUCUACUAAGUCUCUUACCGGUUAUCUCGGCUUGAAUCAUUCUAAUCACAUGUCUGUAAUACCGGAGCCAUAACCUCUAAAUGCAGAGAGGUAGCUACCCGACCUGGAGAGAUUACCUAACCUCCGAGUUACAUACGCUGUCGAGUAGCGUUACUCCAGAGGCCUUUCGGAGGACCGAACGUACUCUUUCGUUUAGUAUUUAACAAGUGAUAGUAUAAUUUAGAAAAAAA